GCUGCCGGUGCUGCCUCACCCACCGACCGUGGCAAGGAGGAAGCGCCUGGCAAGGCCACGAUGGCCCUGGCCGGUGCCCUGGAGCGGCUGCAGGAGGAGGCCAUCUGCCCCAUCUGCCUGGAGUACAUGAGCGAGCCCGUCAGCAUUGACUGCGGGCACAACUUCUGCCGGGGCUGCAUCGCCAAGCACUGCCAGGAGAAGGGGCUCUGGGCUGACGGGCCCUUCUCCUGCCCUCAGUGCCGGGCCUCCUGCCACCGCAGCGGCUUCCGACCCAACAGGCAGCUGGCCAACAUCGUGGAGAGCAUCCGGCAGCUGGGGCUGCGGGGAGGGCAGGGGACGGAGCGGGCAGCGGGGACCCCGCUCUGCCCCCAGCACGACGAGCGCCUCAAGUUGUUCUGCGAGGAGGAUGAGGAGCCCAUCUGCGUGGUGUGCCGGGAGUCCCUGCACCACCGCCCGCACACCGUCUACCCCAUUGAGGAGGCUGCGCAGGUCUACAAGGUCAAACUCCAGCAAUCCUUGGAGCAUCUUUCAAAGGAAGUGGAGGACGUUAGGAAGCGUGAAUUGGCAGAAAGGAUGAAGACUCAGGAGUGCAAGGAGACAGUGAAGAAGAAGCGAGAGAGGAUUGUGAGUGAGUUCGGGAAGCUGCAUCGGCUGCUGGUGGAUGAGGAGAAGCUGCUGCUCCAGAAGCUGGAGGAGGAGGAGAAGAGGAUUCUGCUGUUGAUCAAUAAAAACCUGGCCAUGCUGGUGGAGCAGAAGUACUUGCUGGAGGACCUGAUCCUGGAUAUAAAGGAGAAGAUCCAUCAGCCAGAUGAUGGGCUGCUCAAGGACAUUAAGAACAUCCUGUGCAGGUGUGAGGGGGUACCAUUCCCAUCCCCCAAGGCUGUGUCUGUGACCCUGAAGGAGGACUACAGCAUCCCAGAGCACUGCCUGGGCAUGAGGGACAUGCUGAAGAAGUUCAAAGUGGAUGUGAUUCUGGACCCCGAGACAGCGCACCCUGACCUCACCCUGUCUGAGGACUGCAAGAGUGUGAGGCAAGGGAGCAAGAAGCUUCUCCUGUCCCUCUUUGACAACCCCAAGAGGUUCAGCACGGCUCCAGUGGUGCUGGGGUGUCAGGUCUUCCUCUCAGGCCGCAGCUACUGGGAGGUACAGGUGGGAGACAAGCCAGAGUGGGGCUUGGGGCUGUGCAGGGAGUCUGCCAGCCGGAAGGGCAACAUCCUUUUCUCCCCUAACAAUGGCUACUGGGUGCUGCGGCUGCGAAAUGGGGGCAACUACGAGGCCCUCACCUCGCCUGUCUCCCCUCUGACGCUGGCUGUGAGACCCCGGCGCAUCGGGAUCUUCCUGGACUACGAGGCAGGAGAACUCUCCUUUUACAACGUGAACGACCGCUCCCACAUUUACACCUUCACUGACAGGUUUUCGGGACACCUCCGGCCUCUCUUCUUCCUGGGUGCCUUUUUGGGGGGCAUGAAUGCAGAGCCCUUGGUGAUCUCUUGGGUCAGGGACACACAGGGGACCGGGUGCAUCCUCCUGUGACAGCAGCUGCUCUGGUUUCUCACUUUGGGGCAGGGAGCUGGGAGCUCAACCAGCUCCUGUGAGAGGGGCAGCACCAGGGGAAUACCUUUGUGCCUUGGUGUGUGUCCGGCAGAGCCCUGUGUGCUCCUGGCUGCUGGGGGUGACCUGACAAGUGUGACACCUGCCAUGUGCCUUGCCUGUGCUGGGGCCAUGCCACAGUCCUUGGUGAUGCCGAUGGGGACAGGGGAACCCCCUGACACCCUGCUGCUCGUGCCAUGGGCUGCUGGGAAAGGUAUGCAAGCAGCCUAAUGUGUAGUGCUGAUCUUUAGUGUGAAUUAUUCUGGAGCAAGGCAAUAAAGGGUUGAUGUGGAGAG